GUUGGUGCUACUGCUGCCCACUGGUAGAGGCUGGUGGCUGCUUGGCCAUGGAGAUGGAGGGGGUGGCCAAGAACGAGAGGAAGGUCGGAGGAGGUGGUAGCGGCGGCGGCGGCGGCGCGGUUGGUAAUGGUGGUGGUGCGAAUGGGGGGAGGACGUGGAGGGGCGGCGGCGGCGGCGGCUAUAGGCAGCACCCGAUCAUCCAGGCCUACCCGGCACUCCUGCCGCUGCCGAUACACGCCGCCCACGCGCGUGCCAACGGCGCCGUACUGCUGCCGCUGCCGCCGCCGCCGCCGCCGCCGCCGCCGCCGCCGCCGGUGAUGGUGUACCUGCACCAGCCGCCGCCGCUGCCGCUGCCGCUGCCGCUCCCCAAGGCGGCGGCGUGGUGCUACGGGAAGCUCAAUGGGGCCUCGCCGCAGAAGGGGUCCGCGUGGAGAUCGAAGAAGCAGCCGCCGCCGCCGCACGCCGUCACCGCCGCGCUGCUGCCGCUCCCGCGGGACGCCGAGGUGCUUCAGCACAAAAAGUUCUUCAUACAUGAGAAGAAAACAUCUGGCAUGGAAGCAAAUCAUGUAAACAACCUUCAGAAUUCUUCUACCACUACAGGGAGAGCUACCAUUGCACCCAGACCCGACGCUGGUGGGGUUGAGGGAACUGUAAUUCCUCUUUAUGCAAACCAUUUCCUUGUGCGCUUUGACCCCAGGCAGAAGAUUUUCCAUUAUAAUGUUGACAUAUCCCCACAUCCAUCGAAAGAAACAGCAAGAAUGAUCAAGAACAAGCUAGUUGAAGAAAAUUCAAGUGUUCUCUCAGGCGCCCUGCCGGCCUUUGAUGGCCGCAAGAAUCUGUUUAGUCCCAUUGAGUUUCAACAGGAGAAGCUUGAGUUCUUUGUUAGUUUUCCAGCAGUUGCAUCAGCACGAUUUAUAGCAGCUAAAGAGAAUAGCCACAUGCAUGACAAGCAGUUGCAUCAUAAGAUUUUCAGUGUGAACCUUCGAUUGGUUUCGAAGCUAAGUGGUGAGGACUUGAACAAGUAUUUGAAUGAAGAGAAGGAUGGUAUUCCUCUUCCACAAGAUUACCUCCAUGCAUUGGAUGUGAUCCUGCGAGAAGGUGCUAUGGAAAGUUCUAUUUCUGUAGGCCGGUCUUUGUAUUCACGCGCCAUGGGAGAAGCAAAGGAGAUUGGUGGUGGGGCUGUUGGAUUAAGAGGUUUCUUUCAGAGCUUGAAGCCGACCAAGCAAGGUCUUGCCCUGAAUGUUGACCUCUCACUCACAACAUUCCAUGAAAACACAAGCAUAAUUGCAUACUUGCAGAAACGCUGUGACUUCUUGAAGGACCUUUCACAGAUGAAGACUAGGGCUUUGGCAGAAGAUGAGCUAAGGGAGGUGGAGAAAGCAUUGAAGAAUAUUCGAGUUUUUGUGUGCCACCGUAAAACUGACCAAAGGUACCAUGUGCAUGGCUUGACUGAGGAGACAACAGAGAACCUCAAGUUUCGAGACCGAAGUGGGAAGGAUUGUAUGGUGGUGGAUUACUUCAAGGAGCACUACAAGCAUGAUAUAAAAUUCAGGAACCUGCCUUGCUUGCAGAUUGGUAGGAGCAAGCCGUGCUACGUGCCAAUGGAGCUUUGUGUUGUUUGCGAGGGCCAGAAGUUUCUUGGCAAGCUCUCAGAUGAACAAACCUCCAAGAUGCUCAAAAUGGGGUGCCAAAGACCAAGUGAAAGAAAGGGAAUCAUAAAGGGAGUUGUUGAAGGAGCAUUUGCCGCAAGAAGCAAUUCAUAUGCUGAUCAAUUCAAUCUUCAAGUGUCAAAGGACAUGACACAGCUCUCAGGGAGGGUUCUCUUGCCACCAAAACUAAAGCUUGGCAAUGGAGGGCGCAUCAAGGAUAUAACACCAGACAGAUUUGAUCGGCAAUGGAGUUUGCUGGACAGCCAUGUUGCUGAGGGUUCCAAGAUCAAUAGCUGGGCCCUGAUAAGCUUUGGUGGCACCCCAGAGCAUCACUCUUUUGUUCCUAAGUUUAUCAACCAGCUAUCAAGCCGAUGUGAGCAACUUGGGAUUCUACUCAACAAGAAAACUGUUGUUAGCCCAUUGUUCGAGCGAAUUCAAGUCCUGAACAAUGUAGGUAUUUUGGAGACCAAGCUGAAGAAAAUUCAGGAAGCUGCCUCGGGCAAUCUACAGUUGCUCAUCUGUGUCAUGGAGCGGAAGCAUCGAGGCUACGCUGAUCUGAAGCGUAUUGCAGAAACAUCCAUUGGUGUUGUUACACAGUGUUGCCUGUACUCCAACUUAAGCAAGCUGACCUUUCAGUUCUUGGCCAAUUUAGCACUGAAGAUAAAUGCAAAGCUUGGUGGAUGCAAUGUUGCCCUCUACAACAGCUUGCCAUGCCAAAUUCCUAGAAUAUUUUCAGAGGAGCUGGUGAUGUUCAUGGGUGCUGAUGUGACACACCCACAUCCACUUGAUGACUCGAGUCCAUCAGUGGUCGCCGUAGUUGCAAGCAUGAAUUGGCCUUCAGCAAAUAAGUACAUCUCCAGGAUGAGGUCACAAACACAUCGGAAAGAAAUCAUUGAGCACCUUGAUGUGAUGACCGGUGAACUACUUGAAGAGUUCCUGAAAGAAGUUGGCAAGCUCCCAAGUAUAAUCAUAUUCUUCAGAGACGGUGUGAGCGAGACACAAUUCUACAAGGUACUGAAAGAGGAGCUGCAAGCAGUGCGUGUGACAUGUUCCAGAUACCCAGGUUACAAGCCAUCCAUCACGUUCAUCGUAGUUCAGAAGAGGCAACAUACUAGGCUCUUCCACAGGGAGAAGAAUGGUGGCUCGACACACUACUCUGACCAGAAUGUACCACCGGGGACGGUGGUCGACACCGUAAUCACGCACCCAAGGGAGUUUGAUUUCUACCUGUGCAGCCACUGGGGCACAAAGGGGACGAGCAGGCCGACGCAUUAUCAUGUGCUGUGGGACGAAAACAACUUCCAGUCUGAUGAGAUGCAGAAGCUGAUAUACCACCUUUGCUACACUUUCGCUCGGUGCACCAAACCAGUCUCUCUUGUUCCACCGGCGUACUACGCACAUCUUGCUGCAUACAGAGGCAGGCUGUACCUUGAUAGAUCAGACUCGACGGUCGUCAGCCGGACAACUUUGUACAGAGCCACUCCAUUGCAGACUGCACCACUCCCUAAGCUCAGAGACACUGUGAAGAGGCUAAUGUUCUACUGCUGACCUUCUCCCUUAUCAUUGUUAUAUAUGUGGUGUUUUGCAUAUUCUCUUCGUGGUAUAUCGCCUACCUUCUUGUGUAGUAUUCUGUAUUUGGCUGAAUUUUGGAAACGUGUAUAGUGCUUCUGGACAGCAAUCAUGUCCAAAUUUGCAUGAUUACAUCUUGAUGCUGGUACUUGGUAGUGUUAUGCAAG